AUGGGAACCAUGAAGGAUAUACUGAUGUUAUUGAUCGUCCUACUGGUAAUCGCAGGUGUAGAAUCGUUUGGUUGGGGAUAUUCUUAUUAUGGUGCACAAUCAUUGGAUUACGGGGGGUUCGGAUCUUUCAAUCCGGGAUCGGCGGGAUCAUCGAUCGCUGGUGCUGUAUUGGGCAAGAAGAAAUGA